GCUAACAAUUUUCCCGCGAUUAUAAAUUCGAUGUCCACCGACGGCAUGGCUUUAUUGUGGAGCAGAAACGAAUUUGAAACGGACCUCAUCUAAAACGGAAAAUGCCAAAAAAAAGGCGAGAAAUAUGCGGCGACAUGUUCAGAGGAAAGGUUAAAAUAGAGAAGCGUCAUACACUUACGUCUAUUGCUCCACCCGACGCACACAGCGAUGUAGCUGGAAGAGUCUUUGAAGAGAAUUCUGACGUUACAUUAGUUGAAGAUAAUACCUCAACUUACAUUGGUGCACGUCCUCCAAAAGAUGUGGCCAAAGAGUUUGCUAAAAGAAGAGGGAGAAAACGUAAGUCAUCGAAGAAAACCGAUAAAAGAUCUGCUAAAAAAGGGAAGAGAAUAUCUGAAGUGGAGGAUGAAAUCAAUGUUACCAUUAAUUGUUCAGACCUGGGAUUUACAAGUCGACUCAGAUGCAAAUUGUCAGAUACCUUCGCUCAAAUUUCGAAAAAUGUUGAAAAGGAAGAGGGAAAAGUUGUGGCUUUUCAAGAUAAAAAUUAUAGUUUGUAUUCCGAUGAUCAAACGCUGAUGGAUGUCAAUAUUACCGAUGAUGUCAUUCUGCGUGCCGUGGAAGUUGUGCGUCAAGUAGUCAGGGUGGCACAAAAAUAAUUCAUCAUUAGAGAUAUUGUUAUUGCGAACUUUUGUCUUAAUAAGUAGAUUGUAUGUAACCAAAUAUAAUUAAAUUGUACCCACCCAUAAAUCAGUGUAUUGUUUGAUGUUUUUGUAAAUUACCUCAUGAAUUAUUGCGACAGGUAGAAGAUAUUCGAUAUUCCAUUGUUGUUUUUUCACAGGUGGUUUAUCUUAAUAUGUUGCGCCAUACUGAGCAAAAUAGGGAACUAUGUUUGUUCGAAAAGUAAUAGGGGAUAUAUUUCUAGCUCCUGAAACAAAUUUACAUGGUGGUGUCCCAGUUGUUAUAUUAAAUAAAUUGUAUAUUUCGA